CAAACACACCCUAGGGUUUUCAUAAGUUUUUAAUUCUGAUUAUAGGGUUUACUCCCUUGCAUCGUCAAAACAGACACAGAGCAACCACUCAGCAGCCGGAGUUUGCAAAUUCUUCAGGCAAGUUGUCAAGAUGUUCACUUCCAGGAAGAAAAUCAGCAAAGAUAAGGGUGCUGAGCCAACUGAAUUUGAAGAAUCAGUUGGACAGGCGUUGUUCGAUUUAGAGAAUACCAACCAUGAGCUCAAGAGUGAGCUAAAAGAUUUAUACAUCAAUUCCGCUGUCCAAGUUGAUGUUUCCGGGAACCGCAAGGCUGUGCUUAUCAAUGUCCCCUACAGACUAAGGAAGGGUUUCCGUAAGAUUCAUGUUAGGCUUGUUCGUGAGCUUGAGAAGAAAUUCAGUGGCAAGGAUGUUAUCCUGAUUGCCACAAGGAGGAUUGUAAGGCCUCCAAAGAAGGGCUCAGCAGCUCAGCGCCCCCGCAGCCGCACACUCACUGCUGUGCACGAGGCAAUUCUUGAGGAUGUUGUAUUACCUGCUGAGAUUGUUGGAAAACGCAUUAGGUACCGAGUUGAUGGGUCAAAGAUCAUGAAGGUGUUUUUGGACCCAAAGGAGAGAAACAACACAGAAUACAAGUUGGAGACCUUUGCUGCAGUUUACAGGAAACUCUCAGGCAAAGAUGUUGUUUUCGAGUACCCUGUUACUGAGGCUUAGGUUAUAGUUUUUCCAGUUUUGUAUUUUUUUUAUGAAUUGCAUAUGGUGGAUUCUUGUUAAAUUUUGUUGAAGUUGCCUAUGAUACCGGUUUGUUUGGUGACAUUUGAAAACCAGCUUCAGUUUAUUUUAUCAAUGUAGCCUAUGAUAUACUAUUUAUUAUAGCAUCCAAUGACUCAUUUCUAAAUUU